GUUUGGGAAGUUUUUCAGAUGAAAAAGUAACAUAAAAUGGAAUUGAGUGAUUUGAAUCUAAGAAAUCCCAUCAAGGUUGGAUAUUAUAAUCCAUUUGAUAUAUACCUGACGAUUAAGGAUGAUUUUGAAAGUAAAUUCCCAUUAACAAAUCUUCAUUGGAAGUAUCAUCCUUUAAAACCAUUGAAGUCGAUACCGCUUCUCCCGGUGAAGCUAAUCGAAGAAGUACCAAAAUCGGUUGCUCAUGAAGUUGAUAAUGAUAGCGUUUAUAUCAGAUUGAUGUUUAUAAAAGUUGAAAGUAUUGACACUUAUAGAUCUCAAGUAAGGCCAUUAAUCAAGGCUUGGAUGAAUAAACUAGUUGAAAAUUCCGGUCUUGAAUGGGCAAUAAUUCUAUUUAUACCUUCUAGUGGCAAAGAUAAGACCUCGAGUAUAAUAAAGACAUCUGCUUUUGAUAAGUUGAAGAUGGAUUUUGGAGUUGAUGGUAAAGAGUUACCAUCUUCACUCAAUGAUGAGGAUUCAGAUUCAGAAAAUGAACAUUGUUUCAAAUUGAAAGAAUCUUACGAGAAUGAUAUCCAAAAAUUGGAAGCCUAUAAUGAUAUUACCGGGAAAUUAAAAUCUUUAUUAUUAAAAUCUUUUAAUAGACAGUAUCAAACUUACAAUGAUGAGAUAAUUCAGCAUGAUAUUGAAAAGGGUAGCAUUGACUUGGAUAUACCAAAAUUCAAUAUGAAAUUAAAAUUGGCUAAUUUACUUAAUGAUAUGAGGCUCUUACAAGAAUCGUUCGACAUUUAUAAUGAAUUAACCACCGAUUUAGCUCAUCUUCAAUCGAAAUUUCCCGAAAAAUUUGAAAAUGCCUUGAUAACUAUACCAAAGGAUUUCACAAACUAUGUUUUUGAAUCCUCGUUUGACUUGAAAAACUUGAAGAACAAACUUUUCAAUUACCAGUCUAACUCUGUAAACAUCCUAGAAAUCAAAAUCCUUUUAUUCAUUAACAAAUCAAUCUUAUUGCAAUCAUUAUCUAAUUUUGCUACAAGUAUUUCAAUUUCAUCACUUUUCAUAUCAAAUCUCUUUCAAAACGUGAUAUACUUUUUAAAUGAUCUAAAUAGUAUGUUUCCUAAUCAAAAUUUAGAAGAAUGGUCUUACAUAAUUGUGGAUAACUACCUUAAUUUACCCAUUUGCGAUAAAUUAAUUGAAAUAAAUAAUAAGAAUAAUAGUGAAUCCACUCAAACCUACAAUUUAAACGAAAUUUAUGAAUUUAAAGGUGAACUUCGGUUAUUACAAAGAAAUCUUUUAUCAAAAUUGGCAGAAAAGAAACAUUUCUCAUUUACCGAAAUUCUUCAAGAUAUUUCAUUGGAUGACGAAGGGAAAAAACCUGAACUUGAAUUGUCAUUCGAGCCGCUUAUUUCAAUUCUUGAAAGUGAAACAAAAUAUUAUGAUUAUUUUGAAAAACUCACGGAAGCAAUUAUUCAAGAUUUUGUUGCAGCCGAAAGGUCGAAAUCUAUUGACAUUUUAAGUAUUGAUUUGGCAAUUUUAAAUUAUAAACGUGGUAAUUAUGCAGAAGCAUUGAACAUUUUGCAAGACUCAUACGAAUUUUUCAUCCAAAAUGGAUGGAAUUUUAUGGGAGGCAUUCUAUUAGAAAUUUAUUUAGAAUGUAUUGAAAAAACUCAAAAUACAGCUGCAUCACUCAUUCUUACCACUUGCCUCAAAUUAUUUAGUAACUUGACUAAUAAAGAUAAUAAUAAAGUUGGUAUUAAUAACUAUGGAAGAACCAAAAAGCAGACUCAAGUUAAGUCAUUAUUCGAAAAGAUUGUUAAUUAUUCUACUAAAUUGGAUCACACUUAUAAAUUUCCAAUAAAACAUUUGUUUGAUUUCAAGAUUUUACCUUUCAUAAAACCAGCCAAACAAAAGACUGACAAAAACUAUGUCGAGGUCGAAAUUGAUAACUUUUUUGGUAUUGAUUUCCAUUUUGAUUCAAUCGAAUUAGUAUUAUCUUCGAAAUCGUCGGAGGAAGAUCCUGUGAAUGGUGCUAAUCAGUUGCUAUUCAAAUCAAAUAAUUUGAGUUUGUCUCAAAAUUUGAAAAACUUAUUAAAAGUUCAUACUACUGACUUUCAGAUUGGGGUAUUCAACUUGAGUAAUUUAAUAAUAAAGGUGAAUGAUAAAUUACAUUUGGUCCAAAAUAUUUCCGAAUUAGAAAUUCAAGAUGAUGAAGUAUCAGUCGAAAACAACACCACUGUAAUAAGACAUUCCAAAAAUUCUAUACUCACUGAUUCCAUUGUGGGUGGUCCACAUCACGCAAGUGAUGAUGAUACAUUAGUUCCAUAUCAAGAAUUCAUUAUGUACCAAAAUUUGAAGAAAUUUCGUUGUGAAUUUUUAAAUCCACUACAAAUUCGUUUGGGCAAGUCCAGUGUGGCAUUAAAACUUUUAAACGGUGAGGCUGCUGUUGAAAAUAUAAGGGCUACCAUCUCGCCAAUCUCUACUGGACUUAGUAUCGAUGGAAAACUGAACGAAAACUUCACCUUGGAUUCUUUAAAGGCCAAUGAAACUCAUAUCUUUGAUAUACCUUACAUAUACCUGGGCGAAGAUCAGAUCAUUGAAUUCCUGGCCAAAGUAAUUUAUACUGUCAAUGGAGAGGAAUUCCAACAUAUAAUCAAAGAAAAGAUUGACAAAACUUUAACUAUAUCAGUUUCAGUACAGGAUAUAUUCAAAUCUGAUUUUGUAUUUUCUAAAUUCCAAGUUGGUACUUCCAAUGCAAAACUUCCUAUAAGAAUUUUAUCCAAUGACUUAAAAACGCUGAACGAAAAUUAUAAAAUCGAAAAACCCCCAAGCGUACCUAAUGGAAGAUCACAUGUGACCUUCGGUGAGCAGCCGGCAUCCUUUUUCUAUAAAAUAAUUCCAAAUACAAACUACACUAUAGAUGUUUCUGAUACUUUAGAUCUUUCGGUGAACUAUUCAAAUCUCCAAGAUGAGUGUCUUGCAAUUAUUGAACAUUUCAUGCUAAAUUAUUUUGAAGAAAAUGACAUACUUGAUUAUUGGUUUCUUUUCAAAGGUCAAAUAUUUAAACAUUUGAAAUUUGAUUUGAAUAGGUAUGCAAUAUUUGGCACAGUAGUAUUGACUAACUAUUAUGAAGUUGGAUUACUUGCGGAAAAACUUACAAAUCAACAUAUUGAUGUCUUGAAAGUAAAGAAUUUACUUACAGGCUUUUUCCAAUCCUUAUUUUGCGAGACGAAUGAAUUGUCUAAGUCGGUGAUACCAAGCUCAGAAUUCUCACAAAGGGAACUUCUUAUAUCUGUCCCUAUUCCAGUAUUAUCAAUUCUUCAAAUUGUUGAUUUCGAAUUUGAAAGAAAACCCCAAUACGUCGUUGGUGAACCAAUUUUAGUGAAGUUGAAAGUAGAAUCUACAUCAAGAUGGUCUACUCAAAGUCCACUAAGAGAUGACGUGGAAGCUUCAGCUUCCGAAGAUACUCAGGACUUGUCAAUUCUAGCCGAGUCAUCCCCACAUAAAGCCUCUCCUGAUAAGUCAUUAAUAAAAGCCAGCAAAGCCGAAAAAGAUUCUUUUCAAAUUACUAUUCAAAAUGAUGAAAAUUGGCUAAUUUCAGGAUUGAAGAAACAAUCGUUCGAUAUAGAUCCUUCAAAAAUUGUGAAUGAAAACGAUUUUGAACUCAUUUUAAUUCCGCUUAAUGUUGGUAAGUUGCUAUUACCUAGAAUAAGUAUCAAAAGUAUGAAUUUAAAUUCCAAAAACGACAUUUCAAUGGAUUUCAGCGUCAAAAAUGGUCUCGAUACUCUAUUGGUUGUGCCAGAAUUGGAUAGCAUUACAUUUUCCUUUUAACAUGACACUAAUCAGUGUCUCUGCAUCGUCUAGUAUAUUCUAUGUAUAUUAAUAUUUAACAUUUGCAUCUAAGAUUAUUUGCAUCAUUGAUGUUAUCCGUAC